GGAGACAGGGACAAGAUGGCGGAGAGGAUAUUAAAUCUUACCUUAGAGAUAGUCUUCCUGCUUACUGGAGAGGAUUACUCCAUGGUGAAGAAGACGUCUAGUAAUCUGAUACAUGAGAAGAACAAUCAGAAGAUCCUAGAAGUCGUCCACAAGAUGAUGGAGCUGCUGACUGGACAGGUUCCUAUAAGGUGUCAGGAUGUCGCUGUCUAUUUCUCCAUGGAGGAGUGGGAGUAUUUAGAAGGACACAAGGGUCUGUACAAGGAGGUCAAGAUGGAGGAGGACCAGCCCCUCACAUCUCCAGAGAGAUCCAGUCAGAGGACAACACCAGAGAGAUGUCCGCGUCCUCUCCUUCCACAGAACGGUCAGAUUUUAUAUCAGGAUGAAGAUCUGCGCAAUAUUAAUGCUACAGAGACAGAUGUGAGGGGCGAUGAGGAAUACAAGGAGGAGAUUCCUACAGAUAAGAGCCCAGGUGACUGUACUGGGAGCUCGGAGGGACAAAUGAUAUCUACAGAUUAUAAUGCAGAUGAUCCGGGUGUCACAUCAGAUACGUAUGAAGAUUGUGCCAUUAUCCCAGAUAUACCAUCCACCCUUCACAGCAAAACGGUGUCAUCUGACCCUUUAAAACAAAUCCGAUCUUCUGAUUCAUCACAGACUGUUAACCAGAAUGCAAGCCACAAAAGGGGUGAGGGAGCCCUAAGAGCUCAGAAAGGGAAGAAGUCCUUUCCAUGUUCAGAAUGUGGGAAAUGUUUUACUCGCAAAUUAGAACUUGAGAGGCAUCAGAGAGUUCACACGGGAGAGAAGCCGUAUUCAUGUUCAGAAUGUGGGAAAUGUUUUGCUCACAAAUCACAACUUGAGAGGCAUCAGAGAGUUCACACGGGAGAGAAGCCGUAUCUAUGUUCAGAAUGUGGGAAAUGUUUUACUCACAAAUCACAACUUGAGAGGCAUCAGAGAGUUCACACGGGAGAGAAGCCGUAUUCAUGUUCAGAAUGUGGGAAAUGUUUUACUCACAAAUCACAACUUGAGAGGCAUCAGAGAGUUCACACGGGAGAGAAGCCAUAUUCAUGUUCAGAAUGUGGGAAAUGUUUUACUCUCAAAGCAGAACUUGAGAGGCAUCAGAUAGUUCACACAAGAGAAAAGCCGUAUUCAUGUUCAGAAUGUGGGAAAUGUUUUACUCAGAAAUGUUCUCUUGUUGUCCAUCAGAGAAUUCACACAGGGGAGAAGCCAUAUUCAUGUUCAGACUGUGGGAAAUGUUUUCCUGACAAAUCAAAUCUUCAUAGUCAUCAAAAAGUUCACACAAAGGAAAAGCCAUAUUCAUGUUCAGAAUGUGGGAAAUGUUUUACUCGUAAAUUAAAUCUUCAGAAACAUCAGAUAGUUCACACAAAGGAAAAGCCAUAUUCAUGUUCAGAAUGUGGAAAAUGUUUUAAUUACAAAUCAAAUCUUCAUAGUCAUCAAAAAGUUCACACAAAGGAAAAGCCAUAUUCAUGUUCAGAAUGUGGGAAAUGUUUUACUCACAAAUCAAAUCUUCAUAGUCAUCAAAAAGUUCACACAAAGGAAAAGCCAUAUUCAUGUUCAGAAUGUGGGAAGUGUUUUAAACGUAAGUCAAAUCUUCAGAAACAUCAGAAAGUUCACACAAAGAGAAGCCGUAUUUAUGUUCAGAAUAUGGGAAAUAUUUUACUAUGAAAUCAAGUCUUGAGAGACAGCAAAUUUGCACAAAGAAGAAGCCGUAUUCAUGUUAGGAUGUGACUGAUAUUUCGUUAGAAAAUCAGAUCUUCAACAUCAAACAUGUCACAUGGGAAGAAAGUCGUGUUAAGAAUGUUUAAAUCAAAAAUAUAUUGUUGAGCAUUAAAAAAUUCCCACAGGAAAAGCCACUCACAAAUCAAGUUUUGAGAGAGAUCAAGAAUACACACAGGGGAGAAGCCGUAUUCCUGUUCAGAAUGUGGGAAAUGGUGGGCUCUGAAACCCAAUCUUCACCAUGAAAGCCAUCAUACAGGGGAGAAGCCAUAAUUAUGUACGGACUGUGGGAAAUGUUUUACUUACCAAUCGGAUUGUGUUAAACAUCAGAGAAUGCACGUAGGGGAGAAGCAGUUUUAACCCCUUCAUAACACUUGCCAUACAUGUACGGCAGGUUUUGGGUAUUUAACGACUUCUGCCUUAAAGAUAAAGUGAUUGAAAACUGAAUAAAAAACAUCAAAAAGUCACAUAUACCAUAAAAUGUUAUCAAUAGAAAUUAUAGCUCGCACCGCAAAUAAAGAAC